UAUUGGCGCGCGAUAACGACCAAGGUCGCUUUUGUUCCAUUAGGUUGCAGACUUCUACAUUAGCAUUCAUUCUUGAACUCCUUCCCUUGAGUUUUCGUCCCUCUUUGCCUUUUCUGCUGAAAGCCACGGGACUCAUCCACCAGCUUGUGACGUGACCUGAGUUGCCUCGGACCACCCCCUCAACACACCCCUCACUCAUCGCCAACACACACCCCCAUUAACCAUGGCGGAUGAUACCGUGGCGGAGGAGUCGCCCAUCACCUUCAAUAUCAAAGCUUCGAACGAUGCAAAGUUUACGCUCACAUUACCCGCCUCGACGCCAGUAUCAGAGCUGAAAGAGAAGCUCUCAUCGUCAGAUUAUGCCGACACUCCGGCGGAGCGCCAGCGCUUGAUCUAUUCGGGCCGGGUUUUGAAAGACAAUGAUACUUUAGCGACGUACAAGAUCAAAGACGGGCACACCAUUCAUUUGGUAAAGAGCGCCGCCAGCAAUCAACGUCCCGCAGCCGCCGCCGCUGCCACCCCGAGCAGCAGCACCCCAAACCCAACAAACACCGGAGUCCCAACGAAUCUCGCCGCCGGCACAGGGAACAACCCUCUUGCUGGCCUAACUGGCGCGCGAUAUGCCGGGUUUGCUCAGCUUCCAGGCGCUGGUAUGUUUGGCCCGGACGGCGGGAUGGGACCUCCUCCGGAUGCCGAAUCGAUGUUAAAUAUGCUUGAGAACCCUCAAGUGCAGUCUUUGAUGAAUGAAGCAUUACAAAACCCGGCCAUGAUCGACAUGAUGAUUCAACAGAACCCCCUGCUACGCGAUAAUCCCAUGGCCCGUCAAAUGCUGCAAAGUGAGGGGUUUCGCCGUAUGAUGACUGACCCUAACACGAUGCGUCAUAUGAUGCAGAUGCAACGAGCAAUGGGAGGAUUUGGUGGCGGUAGUGCUUUCCCUGCCCCGGGAGUCACCAAUACAACGCCCGAGGAAAAUAGAACUGCGCAAACCAACACCAACAACAAUAAUAGUAAUGCUGCCAAUGCCCUCCCAGGAGGUCUUUUCAACCCUUUUAUGCCCCAGGGCCUUGGCGCUGGCAACCCAUUCGCAGCUCUUUUUGGAGGGAACCAGGGAAGCCAAGGAGGAAACCAGACUGAUCAGACUGGCGCGGCGCAACCAGAGUCGGGAGGAGCAAGUGAAACUGGUACCGCAUCUGAGCAGAAUAGACCGGCUCCUGGCUUCUUCAACCCAUUCAAUCCUGGUGCGAAUCCUUUCGACCCCGAGCAAAAUCCCCUCCUCCGCAACCCUGCGUUGCUAGAACAGUUGAUGCAGUCAAUGGGAAGCCCUGCGGGCGGUGCUGCUAACCCUUUUGCAUCACUGUUCGGUGGCCCUAGCUUUGGUAGCCCUGCUCCCCAGGACAACAGGCCUCCAGAAGAGAGAUACGCGGACCAGCUGCGUCAGCUCAACGAUAUGGGCUUCUUUGAAUUCGAACGAAACAUCGAAGCUCUUCGCCGAGCAGGGGGCAGCGUACAAGGUGCGGUGGAAUACCUGCUGAGCCAUCCGUCUUAGUUUUGAUCUUGCCAUUUCUGAGGACGCGGGAUAUUUGACGGGUUUCUAGCGGUCACGAUAUCUCUUUGUGUUUUCCUGGGAUCGCAGCGUGUUGCUGAUUGAAGAACCCUUCUGUAUUAAACCUUUUCCUUCAUGGUCCCGUAGAAUGCGCAUAUUUAUACUUUGGAACAAUUUUACAGCUCUAAUAUUUACU